UCAGCGGCCGCGGCGGCGGAGGGGCCGAGGAGAUCCCGCCAGCGGGGAAAAGCGGGGACGUCCGUCACCAUAGCAACAGCCCGUACAGUCGGAAAAGACGGGAGCCCCCGGGAGCCGGGUAAAUACCGGGUAUCAAUCAGCGAUCGUCAACAACCGGGUAAAAACACUGCAACCCGGGGGGUAAAAAUAGUCAGCGGGUAACAGUCCACAGCAGCAAAGCCCACACAGUGAGUGAGAAAGAACAGGGCAAGAAGUCAGUGUAAAAUCAGGGCAGACGGUUCACCGCAGAGAAACACAUAGAAUCAGCCACACAGACAUCACAAACAAACCCCGGGGGGGAACACCGGGCUCUGCUUACAAUAGGUGUUGUGUUGAGUAUGCCAGCAGGGAAGACUUAUUUGCAGAUAUGUCUUCUUCUUGCCCACCACAAUCUCCAGCUGUUGCAAAAACAGAGAUCUUGCUGGAUGGUGAAUCACCAUUGGUAGCUGCUACUUUUGCUUAUUGGGAUAACAUUCUUGGUCCAAGAGUGAGACACAUCUGGGCGCCAAAGAAUGAACAGAUGCUGCUAAGUGACGGAGAAAUAACAUUUCUGGCAAACCACACACUAAAUGGAGAAAUUCUUCGAAGUGCCAAAAGUGGUGCAAUUGAUGUCAAAUUCUUCGUACUUGCUGAAAAGGGGGUAAUCAUAGUGUCAUUAAUAUUUGACGGCAAUAUGAAUGGUGACCGGAGUACUUAUGCACUAUCAGUCAUACUGCCACAGUCUGAACUUAGCUUCUACCUACCUCUGCACAGAGUAUGUGUGGAUCGACUGACACACAUUAUUAGAAAAGGAAGGAUAUGGAUGUAUAAGGGGCAGAGCAUAAUUUCCUUCUUAACAACAGAAAUCACUCCUGUUAUGGAAUUAUUUUCAUCUAUGAAAGCGUAUGGCGUUGUGGAAGAAGUUCAAAUCAAGGAGACUGUGCUGAAUGAUGAUGAUAUUGGAGAUAGCUGCCGUGAAGAUUUCCUGCACAAAGCCAUUAGCUCUCACCUACAGACAUGUGGAUGCUCUGUUGUUAUCGGAAGCAAUCCAGAUAAAGUAAACAAGAUGGUCCGCACUCUGUGCCUCUUCCUGACUCCGGCAGAACGGCAGUGCUCACGACUUGCCAAUGCCAAUGGCUCUUUCAGAUAUGACCCAGGUCUUUUUGUUCAGGGCCUCUUAAAGGAUGCUACUGGUAGCUUUGUGUUGCCUUUCCGUCAAAUUAUGUACGCUCCAUACCCAACUACACACAUUGACGUAGAUGUUAACACAGUGAAGCAGAUGGCCCCAUGCCAUGAACAUAUCUAUAACCAGCAGCAUUACAUGACAUCAGAACUUAUAGUACUUCAAAAGAUUGCAUCAGAAGACGACAUGAUUCCUGAUACUGUAAUUCAUAUGGAUGAAAGCUUUACACCUAAUCUGAAUAUCUUCCAGGAUGUGAUGCAUCGAGACACAUUAGUGAAGUCAUUUUUAGAUCAGAUUUUUCAGCUGAAGUCUGGUUUAUCCCUGAGGAGCAUUUUCUUGGCACAGUUUCUUCUUGUUCUCUACAGAAAAGCUCAAACAGUGAUAAAAUACAUAGAGGAUGAAACUCAAAAGGGAAAGAAGCCUUUCAAAUCACUGCGAAAUCUGAAGACUGACCUUGACCUUACAGUAGAGGGUGACUUGAGCAUUAUUAUGGCCUUGGCUGAGAAAUUAAAACCUGGCUUGCACUCAUUUAUUUUUGGAAAGUCUUUCUACACUAGCGUGCAAGAACGAGAUGUACUAAUGUCACUUUAAAUAUAAAUGAUAUGAAUUGUACUUUAACAUGAAUAAUUGUUUGCAUUGCUUAUUGCAAAUAGCUGCUUUACGUCUUUAAAUGUGCACUUUUCCUCAAUUUCACAAGGAAAGAACAGAAUUACUUUAGAACCCCGUUAUAACUCACUUUAUUAUAAUGCUUUAACAUGCAGAAAAUAUCAAAGGCGAGCUGUUAAAUAAUCCUCGCAUUUGAUAUAGCACCUUUCAUGUCAGGAGGACACCUCAAAGUGCUCCACAGCCAGCUAUUUGUCUUUCUUCAAACCCGCCGGUGUUUUGAAGUGCCACUGGAGCCAGUUGCCCGCUGCACUUGUGCGGUGAAUGUGGGAGCACUAACCAGCAAUCGUGCCCCAUUAUAUAACGGGUUAGUAUUUUACUUUUAUAACUAUUACAACUGGGCUCUACUGUACUGAAAACCAAGCUAUUACUGGGGAAUAUUUUGAAAUUAAAAUAGGCUACCUGCUAAUGUUGUAUUGAAAUGUUAUUGUCUUGUUUCAUACAACUGUGAAAAAGUAAAUUGUUGAGUAAACUGUAUUUGGUUAACAUCAACAUCGGAAAACCUUGGUCAUGUAUAAAGAAUCUGUCUUGGAUUUUAUACACACCUAUCCUAUUUUACACAAGCCUCAACCCUCUUCACCCUCCUCAGCUUCCACCCUCACAUUUACCCAGCCAGAAUUAUCAAGCCCUUUAGGACGUCAUCCCAAAAUGAAAGGCACGAUAUAAGUGUAAAUUGUAUUGCAAAUCAAAAUGUACUUUUGUUGUGUGCAGAAGUUCUUGCUCAUGUGGUUUCAAGCAAUUGUAUUAGACAUUUCAAAAUAGGUCUCGCCCAAGCUUAUCUCUCUUUUCAUUUAAUUAUUGAAAUUUAAGUAUUGAAAUACAACUACAGAAUUAAAAUACUUCACAUGAAUAAA